AUGGAAGAUGCAUCAAGAGCCCUAAAAAACUAUUCGCACGAUUCACAAUACAAAGAAUUGCAUGAUGAAAUUGCCCAUCAUUUCGUGAAUUUAUUGGAAAAGCAUUCAGAAAUGAAUACUGCACGUAUGAAUGCCACUCCAGUAUUUGUUGAGGAGAGAAGUUCAAGCCAGAAGAAGAUAUUUGAGGGUUUUGUUUGCUUGCUCUGCUCUGUUAACCCAAUGAAGAUGGAGAUUAUGCACAACUUGAUAGAAGCUUCCAUUUCUCCCGAUACUAUUACGUGCAAUACACUAAUUAAUGGUCUCUACAAGGUGUGUAGGGAAGAUGAGGCUCUAAGGUUAGUGGCUGGAAUGGAAAAUAGUUACACCGUGAUUGAUGGUCUUUGCAAAGUAGAAAGAGUAGAUAACGCUUUGGGAUUAGUAGCCAAAAUGUUACAAGAGGGCUAUAUUCUUAACAUCUAUACUUAUAGUAGUCUGAUAGAUGGCUUUUACAAGGCUGGAAAAAUAGACAAAGACUGCAAUCUGUUCGUAAAAAUGAAGGAGUUUGGUCCUAUUCCAGAUGAAGUGACAUACAUUUAA